AAACUCUUGAGAUGUUUGGUAUAAUUUACGUGACGUAAAAGCAAUGUGGUGGUCUCGAGGGGUUAUGCUUUACAUCAAAUAUAUUAGCUCUACCUUGAAAGGUGUUCAACGAAUUACGUCGCUUGGAACUUUCAGACGCAUAGGACAUCGUCUUCUGCCAGCUGAAAGCCAUUCCAAUCCAUUAAGCAUUGUUCACUCAAACAUGAAAGUUCACAUACUUCCUGCACUCUCUGAUAACUACAUGUACCUUGUUGUUGAUGACAAAACACAAGAAGCUGCCAUAGUCGAUCCUGUGGAACCUAAAAAGGUUAUUGAUGCUGUUCAUAAAGAAGGAGUAAAGUUAACAACUGUGUUAACUACUCAUCAUCAUUGGGAUCAUGCAGGUGGAAAUGUAGAGUUAGCUGAACUUGUGAAGGGGCUGACAGUGUGUGGUGGUGAUGACAGAAUUGGUGCACUGAACAAGAAAGUUACCCAUGGUGAUGGGUUAAAGGUUGGAAACCUUGAUGUAAAAUGUCUUUUUACACCAUGUCACACAAGAGGUCACAUCUGUUAUAUUGUUAGUGGCCAACCAAGUGCUGUGUUCACAGGUGACACCCUCUUUGUGGCAGGCUGUGGAAAAUUCUUUGAAGGGUAUCCUUCAGAAAUGUAUAAGGCCUUAAUUGAGGUACUUGGAAAAUUACCAGCAGAUACUCUGGUCUAGUGUGGACAUGAGUAUACAGUGAAUAAUCUGAAGUAUGCUUUUCAUGUUGAACCUGAAAACCCAGAAAUUCUCAGACAUAUAGAGCGGUCUAAGAACAAAAGAGAAGCAAAUGAACCAACAGUUCCAUCAUCCAUUGGUGAUGAGUUCAAAUUUAACCCAUUCAUGAGAGUUCAUGAGGAAAAUGUAAAGAAAUAUACAGGAAAAUCAGACCCAGUAGAUGUGAUGGGAGCCCUUAGGCAAGACAAGGACAAGUUCAAACCUAAACACUGAUUGGGAUUAGAUUUGAAAUAUUUUGUAAAAGUACAGUGCUGAAGAAAUAAUAGAGAUGAAUGGUUUGUACAAACCCUGGCAGUUUUGGCAAAUUAUUGAAACCUGUAAACUUGUUUACCAGACCUUCAAAUUGUAAAAAAGUACUAGAUACCGGUUGUUUAAAAACUGUUAACUAUUGUGGAAUUUAUUUUUAAUCAGCAAACUGCAUAAGGAGUGUAUAAAUAAAUGUUUGUACAAAGAGCAGUCCCAGAAUAAAAGAACUAUAUACUCUUA